AUUGUGAGUCGUUUAUAUUUAGAAAUGAGUGUAACUUGAAAUUAUUCAUGGUGGGUUAUUGAUCUUUUAUGUCAAUAAAUACUCUUUCAUUCUAUUUUUUCCCGAAAAAAAUACAAAUGUCAGCGGAACCUCUGCUUUGACGGAGGAACGAUUUCCUUGUAGCACACAUCCUCAGUUUGUCCAAUCAGAAGUCGCAUCUGUCUGACGUCACCCCUUACAUGUGACAAACCAUCAUGGAUGCCCUCUGACUGUAAACUGUAAUGUCCUGGCUGUCCACCCAAACGUCCUUCUCUUUCAGUGUUGUGAAUAUUGAUAAAAAUGAAAUAUUUGUUCGGUUUGAGCCGCUUCUUCUCCCGCCGCCAUGUCCGCUUCUGCCACCAGAGCGUCUACAACAGACACUCGGACCCGCGGAGGAUCGGAGUGGAGCUCGGGGAGAAGAAACUGGAAAUCUCCUCAGGGAGAUUUGCUAGAUUUGCUGAUGGGUCUGCUGUAGCACAGCUGGGAGAAACCUCUGUGAUGGUGACUGCUGUGAGCAAAACAAAACCUACUUCUUCUCAGUUCAUGCCUCUCGUGGUGGAUUACAGGCAGAAAGCCGCCGCUGCAGGCCGCAUCCCCACUAAUUAUCUGCGGCGGGAGCUCGGUACCACCGACAAUGAAAUCCUCACCAGCAGACUCAUCGAUCGAUCCAUUCGACCGCUUUUCCCGCCUGGUUACUUUUACGACACUCAGGUUCUUUGUAACUUGCUUGCUGUUGAUGGCGUCAAUGACCCGGAUGUGCUGGCUAUUAAUGCAGCCUCUGCAGCUCUGGCUCUGUCUGACAUCCCCUGGCACGGACCCAUAGGUGCUGUGCGGGUUGGGAUGGUUGAUGGAGAGUUACUCAUCAACCCCACCAGAGCAGAGAUGGCCUCCAGCACUUUAAACCUGAUUGUCGCUGGAGCUCCAAGCAGCCAAGUGGUGAUGAUUGAGGCGUCUGCCGAGAACGUCCUGCAGCAGGACUUCUGCCACGCGGUGAAGGUGGGAGUCAAACACACCCAGCAGAUCAUUCUCGCCAUCCAGCAGCUGGCAAGAGAGCAGAAGGUCACCAAGCGCACGCCGGUCAAAAUGUUCUUCCCUCCGACAGAGAUGGUCGAACACGUUCGAAAAUUCGCCUCUGAAAAGAUCUAUACUGUUUUCACUGAUUAUAGUCAUGAUAAGAUUUCAAGAGAUGAAGCCAUAAACAAAGUACGAUUGGAAGCUGAAGAAGAUCUCAAAGCUGCGUUUCCUCAGGCGGAGCCCUUUGACUUCAUUGAAUCUUUUAACAUCGUGAGCAAAGAAAUCUUCCGUAAUUUAGUGCUGAAUGAGUACAGGAGAUGUGACGGGAGGGAACUGACCGCUUUGAGGAACAUCUCGUGCGAGGUCGACCUUUUUCGGCCUCUGCAUGGCUCGGCUCUGUUUCAGAGAGGACAAACGCAG